AUGCGGGAGGCGAAGCUGGAGUCCGACCCCAACGUCAUCAGCUACAGUGCUGGGAUCAGCGCGUGCGGGAGAGGCGAGCAGUGGCAGCGGGCUCUGACGCUGUUCAGCGAGGUACGGGAGGCAAAAUUGGAGCCCAGUACCAUCAGCUACAACAGCUGUAUCGGCGCGUGCGAGAAAGGUGUGCAGUGGCAGCGGGCUCUGUCGCUGCUCAGCCAAAUGCGGGAUGAGAAGUCGGAGCCCGACGUCACAAGCUACAAUCAUGCCGUCCAUGCGUGCGGGAAGAGCGGGCAGUGGCAGCAGGCCUUGUCACUGCUCAGUGGCAUGUCCAAGGCGAAGUUGGAAUCAAACGUCAUCAGCUACUGUGCUGGGAUUCGCGCGUGCCAGAAAGGUUGGCAGUGGGAACAGGCUCUGUCAUUGCUCCGCGAGAUUUCGCAAGCGAGGUUGGAGCCCAAUGUCGCUAGCUACCGCGGUGGGAUUAGCGCCUGCGAGAAGAGCCGCGGGCAGUGGCAGCGAGCUCUAGAACUGUUCCGCGAGAUCGUGGGGGUAGGACUGGAGCCCAGCGUUGGCAGCUACAGCGCUGGCAUCAGCGCGUGCGGGGAAGGGGAGCAGUGGCAGCUGGCCACAUCGCUGCUCUGCGAGAUGGGGGAUGUGAAGCUGGAGCGCGACGGCAUCUGCUACCACGCCGGCAUCUCUGGGUGCGCUAAGGCUCGGCAGUUGCAGCAUGUCCUAUCGCUGCUGGACGACAUGCGGGAGGCGAUGCUAGAGUCCUACGUCCACAGUUACAGCACUGGGAUCAGCGCGUGCGCGAAGUGCGGGCAGUGGCAGCGGGCUCUGGCGCUUCUGAGCGAGACGUCAGAGGUGAAGGUGGAGCCCGACGUCGUCUCAGCUACAGCGCUGGGAUCAGCGCGUGUGAGAAAGGCGCACAGUUGCACCAGGCUCUGCCGCUGUUCAACCAGAUGUGGGAAUCGACGCGGCGAGGAUUGA